AUGCAAUUCUCUGGAGACUAUGACUAUGGCUGGUGGAAUGAGAACCCGAUCACGAUUCCGAACCUAAGCACGCUUCUGAUCGCAAACCUGAAGACCGAGAAAGACGUUUCUGGCAAAUUGCCGAAAAGACUCAGUGGCUUCAAGAAGCGCUUUAAGCGUCUCCCGCAAGAAUUAAAGAACCUUGUUUGCUCAUUCCUCCAUCAACAUCAGCUCCGGCUGAAGUGCACUUAUAUCAUGCCCCAGUCAACAUGGAAGCAGAUGUUCUUCCAGGUCCCUUUCCUUUGGGACCUUGAUAUCAAAGAGAUUCACGAUAAGACUAGUGUAGGAGACUUGGGCGCCCAAAACUGGGAUUGGGAGAAGAUUACAAGACAGGUCGUGGCCCCAUUAUAUUAA